UUGUCGUGUGGGGGUUUCUGCAGAGCGUAGCAUUAAAGCGGCUCUUCUUAAGUCGCUAAGAAUUUGCACGUAAAGGCAUGCUCUCUUAUCUGCUGAGGAUGUCUUCCUGGGAAGUCCGGUGGCUAACAGUUCAACAAAUAGUGAAGUAAUUUUGCCUGUAAGAAUAUAGUAAAAGCAGGAUGUGAGCACAGACUUGCACUGAGACUUUCAACUUAAAUAGCUAGGGAUGGUUAUCACAAUAUGAGCAAUGAAAGUAUAGGUUCAUUGGCAGGUGGUCUCAAAUGAAGCAGUGAAGACUAAACGCUCAAUUUCAGGCUUUUGUUGAGUAUUCUUGCCUCUUUCUGAGCAGCUGUGUUUUUUUAAUCCUCUCAUUUUCCUCAGAAGAAUUAAGAUCUAUCCAAAUGAAUGAGCAAUGGUGAUGAUUUACGUAGUUAAUAGAGCUGACUACUAAGCUAAACAGAAAAUGGCAUCUCUAGCAAAAGUUGACUAUGCCUCAUCGCCCAUCCGAGGACCUGGAGAUGGCAUGGAAACAGAACAGACAGCUGAAUCAGUGGAAGUAAUUGCUGAAGCCCACACUACAAACCAUCACGUCCACCACAGCCCGCAUAAAAAGACAGUCUCUUCCCUGAGUCCCGGCGUUUUGCAGCUUGGGAAAAUACAUGCUGAUAAAUCAGUGGAGAUUGAAGCUGUUCGUAUAUUAGUCCCCAAAGCAGCUAUCACCCAUGUUGUUGCAACUAAAAAUGCUAGGGUAGCUAGAUCAGUGGGACAUAAAGGAGACGCGUUCCAUCAGUCAGAUGGAACUGCAGAUCCCAGGAAAGAACUGCUAGAGCUUAAAAAUGCAGUAGAAAAGCUAAAGAAUUCAGAGAAGAGGUUGUUACAGGAUAAAGAAGGUCUCUCUAAUCAGCUGCGUGUACAGACAGAGGUGAAUCGGGAGCUGAAGAAAUUACUUGUUGCUUCUGUUGGGGAUGAUCUGCAGUAUCACUUUGAACGGAUGGCUCGUGAGAAAAAUCAGCUAAUCUUAGAAAAUGAGGCCUUGGGCCGGAAUAUGUCUCAAUUGUCUGAACAAUUAGAGCGGAUGUCUAUACAGUGUGAUGUGUGGCGAAGCAAAUUCCUAGCAAGCAGGGUUAUGGCUGAUGAGCUAACCAACAGCAGAGCAAUUCUGCAGCGUCAAACCAGGGAUGCUCAGAGCGCAAUUCAGGACUUGUUGAAUGAACGCGAUCAGUUCCGUCAAGAAAUGAUUGAUACACAGAAACUGCUGGAAGAGCUGAUGGUUUCUCUUCAGUGGGGGAGACAGCAGACGUACUAUCCUAGUGCCCAGCCUCACACUACAACGGAACUAGCAGCUGUGAAUUGUAAGCUAGCCAAAGCUGUAAGCUCACAUCUUCUUGGAAACGUUGGCACUAACAGUCCAAAAAAGACUUCAACAGCUGUGGAGUUUUGCAGUACCCCUGCUGAGAAAAUGGCUGAAAUGGUGCUUCGCGUACUGGAUCCAGUUGCAUGUACGGAAACAUCAACCGAAGUUUCUUUUUCUGAGACUUCUCCCUCUUCCUUUCUUUCCACAAAGAAGAGCAUUGGAAGGUUUCACCCAUAUACAAGAUAUGAAGAUGUAACUUUCAAUUGCUGCAAUCACUGUCAAGGAGAGCUUAUAGCCCUUUAGAAACACAGCUAAUGCAGCUGCACAUGCACUCUUUCUGAAGAAUUACACUAACUGAUGUUCAGUAGGCUUCCCUUUUUCCUAUUUCUUUCCAUAAAGGGUGGGUUUAGUAUUGGAAAUGAUACAGUCGCUGUUUUUCUACCUCUUGAGGUUAGGGGCCAACAGGACUUCCCUGGCCUAUGGGAUACUUCUACUUUAAAGGCUGGAAAGCUACAAAUGCAAGACCAGAAAUGUUAUGCCAGUCCAAUUUGUAGAGCAUAGAGAUACCCUUGACUAUUUAAGAUUUAUAAUUGUAUUAGGAUAUCUUAAUGAAAUUCUAUUCAGAGAGAGAUAAAAACAUAACUAUACCAAAGUAAAUGAAGUGCUAAGAGGUUAUAUUUUUUAAAAAAUUUUCAAAAGACAAUGGAAUAUAGUCAGCUGCAUUUUUUUAAUCUUUUCUAAGGUGAUAGGCUGUCUUCAGUUCUACAUUCAGCCUUUUAAAUUUAUUAAUAAAAAAAGGAAUGUGUGCAAUGAGUUUUCAUAGCUGUAAGUUCUGAAACUGAAAGCAUAGUCAGUGUUGCAGUCCUCCUGACAAGGAGAAGAGAGGGCUGGAAUGAAUUCUAGCUAUAAUAUAUGAAUAGAAACUGGUUUUAAAUGGAUUCUUGAAGACAGUGGGUUGAGAUUAUUCUUGUGUUUGGGUAAAGCUAGAACAAGGGCUUUUCCGUGUAUUUUUGGCUUCUAGAGUCAAGCUGCGGCAUAGCUCAUCCUCAGCAAAGACUGUUACACCUCCUUUAGUUUACAGUGUUGAAACCUAAACUAGCUUUAGAGCUCAGCCCCUGCUCAGUGUCUUCCCGGAUGCUAUGGAGGGCUGAAGAUGAAGCACUAAGUUUGCACAGGUAGUGAAACAAAUAUGUAUUUUUCUUUACUCAUCUGGCUUUAUUAUCUUGAUGAUGCAGGUUCAAGGCGAUAUACCAGCAGAGAGUCUGCUAAAUCCAAAUAAGUCUAUUUUUAAAUUGUAAAGUGAUAAAUAAAGAGAGGAAAGUUAGGACACUGCAAAUACAUAUUUUAAUUUUGUCCUCAAAUUUUCACUGCUAGGUUUAUCAUAUGCAGCUGGUAGCUGUCUAGUACGGGGAAAGGGUUUCUGAAACAGUUAGUUACUGUUAAACAAUUUUUCUUUAAAUCUCAUACCAUGAUCAGAGUAUGUAAGUUACACGUUCUUGCUCUUCGGGGCCAUGCUUUGGCUUGUAUGAGGAAAACUUUACAAUAAACUUUCUUUGCAUAUGUUCAAGUUACCA